UUGGCUUCUUCCCAGCGUUCAGCUGUCCUCUAUUAGCCCUCCCCGCUGCCACUCAGCAACGAAAAUGCGCGAAGAUUGCCCGUAGUGCUGCGGAUCCAAGGGCAGCAGGGCUGGGUAGGGUUUGGCCCUCAUAACGCAGUGGAUGCUGAGGGGAGGAGGUGGAUGCUGAAAAACACUGCCGUUCCUUCUCGCUAUGGGUAUCUUUUUUGAAUGCAACUGGCACAAUUUGAUGGAGGCAUGCUUUACUUUCACUUCGAGUCCGUUUGUGUCGAUUGACGGCCGUCUGAUGAGGCUGAAAAGCGCCCACCGUUCUGCAGCAUCUCCCGUGUAGACGGCCCUUCAGAGCCGGUUACGCACCAGGUCGUCAGUAAUUCUGCAGAGACUUCCAGUCUGAGGCCUUGCAGCUCCUAGACCAGAUGGAGAUAAUGCUGGUCAGCAGGCUCUCAGUGGUUCCUCUGUAGAAGGUGGAGAGGAUGGGAGAUGGGAGGGAAGUCCUUCUUGUUCGUCUCAGAAAGUGCAGGCGCUGCUGUGCCUUUUUCACCAGUGAAAUAAUAGAGGCACCAUGCUGACCAGCAUCACUGACGGGAUCCUGUGCUGCCUGACGGGGAAGACCACUAGCCUGGUCCUGCCUCUGGAGUCUUCAGAGCCCUCCGAUGGGUUUGAGUUUGUGGAGGUGAAACCAGGGAGGGUUCUACGAGUGCGGCACAUCAAACCAGAGCGCCAGCGCGUGGAUACAGAAAAACAAGACGCCGGGAAAAACAAGACCACUGCUGACUGUGAUGGCAAUAGGGAUGCCUCUGUUCGGGACACCAUCGAUGCUGAUACUGGCACCAGCGUCCACUGCAAGAGGAAGAUCACAGUCUAUCGCAACGGCCAGCUGGUGAUUGAGAACCUCGGCGAUGUUUUGCAUUCUGAGAUCCUGCAGUGUCAGGAUGGAGAUUUGGAGCCCUGCAGCACCGUGGAGGUGGAGCUCGCUGACUACAAAGAGAUGCCCUCCUCUCCUGACCCCAACCCUGUUCCUCCGGUUCCAUUGCCUGCUGGAGAGCAGAAGCCUGCUCCACCUCCCCGCCGCCGCCGUCGCAAGCCCAAACGCACUGUGCUGAUUGACUCGACACAGGUCAUCUCGAGCUGCAAAGGAACGCAUUCAGAUGUGGCGCUGUUUUUUGUGCAUGGUGUGGGAGGCUCUCUGGACAUUUGGAGCAGCCAGCUGGAGUUCUUCUCCCGUCUGGGCUAUGAGGUGAUUGCGCCUGACCUGGCUGGGCAUGGAGCCAGCACUGCUCCACAGAUUGCAGCAGCUUACACUUUUUAUGCACUGGCAGAGGACCUUCGGGCCAUCUUCAAGAGAUAUGCUCGGAAACGGAACAUUCUCAUAGGCCACUCAUAUGGAGUAUCGUUUUGUACAUUCCUCGCCCAUGAAUAUCCUGAUCUGGUCCAUAAGGUAGUGAUGAUCAAUGGAGGGGGUCCUACAGCUCUGGAGCCCAGUCUCUGCUCCAUCUUCCAGCUUCCAUCAUGUGUCCUUCACUGCCUUUCACCUUGCCUGGCCUGGAGCUUUUUGAAAGCUGGAUUUGCUCGCCAAGGUGCAAAAGAGAAGCAGUUGUUGAAGCAGGGCAACGCAUUCAAUGUGUCUCCAUUUGUCCUGCGGGCGAUGAUGAGUGGUCAGUACUGGCCAGAGGGCGAUGAGGUCUACCAUGCCGAACUCACUGUGCCCAUUCUGCUGGUUCACGGCAUGUGUGACAAGUUUGUGCCCAUGGAGGAGGACCAGCGCAUGGCAGAGAUCCUCCUGUUUGCCUUCCUGAAGGUCAUUGAGGAGGGAAGUCACAUGGUCAUGAUGGAGUGUCCUGACACCGUCAACACCCUCCUCCAUGAGUUCUUCCUCUGGGAGCCCGACAUGUCCAGAAAGGGAGAGGCCGACCACACCGUUUCUGUCUGUGACACUGUUAACACGCUGAAAAUCAAAAAGCCUGUGGACAAAUAACGCUCACAGAAGACUCCCUCUGUCACAUCACCAAGCGGAAGGCCGUUUUUCUGCAACUAUGUGUUAAUAAGGCUCCGGGGCUGAGCGAUUCCAAGGAGGGCCAAUGUCUUCAGGAUGUGGGUGAACGCUGGUGCUCCGAGAUAGAGCAGCAAGGAACAUUGGAUGAGAGGAAGGGACGCAAACACAGUUUCUUUUCCACUUCUGCACCGGUUUUGCUCCGCUUGCAAAAUGACUCUCUCGGUGCUCAAAAGAACUGCCAUUCGUGAUCUGUGUGUGAAAUGUUUGAGGAAAAGCGGACAGCUACUCAACACAAAAGAUUAAACAUAUCUGUAAUGAUGUCUGGAGUUUCUCAUAUGGAUCUGUUUUACCUCUGAGAAGGAUUAUGUAAUGGUUGAAUCCAUUUCAGGUCGGCUGUAAAAGGGAAGCUGAUUUUAAUAGAGCUGCUGGAGGGACAGUCUAUGGCAAGAAUUAGUAGUAUUGAUCCAAUGAUAAGUAUGAUAAUACUAAUAACAUACUAAAAGAAAUCUUAAUGGACAUCUGUAUAAAUUAACCGGAAAUACAAAAUGACA